CCGAGCCGCCGCCGAGCCGCGCCGCCUUCGGAGCCGGAGCGCACAACCCUGCUGGAGUUGAUUGCAGUCCUCAGCAACGCUGACUCUCUGCCAUGGAAUCGACUGGUGACGAUGAAGCGGUGGCGGCCUAGAAGAAAGCAGGCGCGGGAGCAGAACGAUGCCCAGGGCCGCUCGCCCUAGAACGCCACAGCAGGAAGACUCUCCUCUCAGCAGCGACAUGGUGGAGAAACAGACGGGGAAAAAGGAUAAAGAUAAAGUUUCUCUAACCAAGACCCCAAAACUAGACCGCAGCGAUGGAGGAAAGGAGGUGAGAGAGCGAGCCACCAAGCGGAAGCUACCCUUCACUGUGGGGGCCAAUGGAGAGCAGAAGGACUCGGACACAGAUGCCUCCAGCUCAGUCCAUGUUGUGGUACUGCAAGGCUGGUACGCUCCUCGAAGCACCAUGGCAUGAAAUGGAGGUUCCUAGAAGCAAGAAGAAAGAGAAGCAGGGUCCUGAGCGAAAGAGGAUCAAGAAGGAACCUGUUGCCCGAAAGUCCGGGCUGCUGUUCGGCAUGGGGCUGUCCGGGAUCCGAGCUGGCUACCCCCUCUCUGAGCGCCAGCAGGUGGCUCUCCUCAUGCAGAUGACAGCGGAGGAGUCUGCAAACAGCCCAGUAGACACCACACCAAAGCACCCCUCCCAGUCUGCAGUGUGUCAGAAGGGGACACCCAGCUCUGCCUCAAAAACCAAAGACAAAGUCAACAAGAGGAACGAGCGGGGUGAGACCCGCCUGCACCGUGCCGCCAUCAGGGGGGAUGCCCGGCGCAUCAAGGAGCUCAUCAGCGAGGGCGCCGACGUCAACGUCAAGGACUUUGCGGGCUGGACGGCGCUGCACGAGGCCUGCAACCGGGGCUACUACGACGUUGCCAAGCAGCUGCUGGCCGCAGGCGCGGAGGUGAACACCAAGGGCCUGGACGACGACACGCCACUGCAUGACGCCGCCAACAACGGGCACUACAAGGUGGUGAAGUUGCUGCUGCGGUAUGGAGGAAACCCUCAGCAGAGCAACAGGAAAGGGGAGACGCCACUCAAAGUGGCCAACUCCCCCACCAUGGUGAACCUCCUGCUAGGCAAAGGCACGUACACCUCCAGCGAGGAGAGCUCCACGGAGAGCUCCGAGGAGGAGGACGCCCCGUCCUUCGCACCUUCCAGCUCUGUCGAUGGCAACAACACGGACUCCGAGUUCGAGAAGGGCCUGAAGCUCAAGGCCAAGAACCCAGAGCCGCCGAAGACCGUGGCGCCCGUCAAGGACGAGUAUGAGUUUGACGAGGAUGACGAGCAGGACAGGGUCCCGCCCGUGGACGACAAGCACCUGCUGAAGAAGGACUACAGGAAGGAGCCCAAGGCCAGCAGCUUCGUGUCAAUCCCCAAGAUGGACGUCAAGAGCUAUGCCAAGAACAGCUCCGCCGCACCAAAGAAAGCUGCCCAUCGCAUCUUGUCGGAUACCUCGGACGAGGAGGAUGCCGGCCUGGCCGUGGGCGCCGGGGAGAAGCUGAGGCUGUCGGCGCACACCGUCCUGCCCAGCUCGAAGGCCCGAGAGCCCUCGGCCUCCCGGCAGCAGAAGGAGAAGAGCAAAGUGAGGAAGAAGCGGAAGAAGGAAGCCCGCGGCAAGGAAGUGCGGUCUGGGAAGAGGAGCGACAAGCUGUGCUCCUCCGAGUCCGAGAGCCAGUCCUCUGAGAGCGAGGAGGACGGGGACUCAGUGGGCAGCACAGGCUGCCUCAAGGGCUCCCCGCUGCUGCUGAAGGACCCCUCCCUGUUCAGCUCGCUGUCGGCCUCCUCCACCUCGUCCCACGGCAGCACUGCCACGCAGAAGCACGGCACCAGCCACGCCGACCAGCACAGCAAGCACUGGCGCGCGGACAGCUGGAAAGCCAUGUCCUCCCCCGCCUGGUCCCAGGUCAGCUCUCUGUCCGACUCCUCGGGCACGGGCCUGGCAAGCGAGUCGGACUGCUCCUCCGAGGGCUCCAGCCUGGAGUCCCUGAAGCCCGCGAGGAGGAAGCAGGAGCACCGCAGGAGGGGCGGCACGCAGAGCCUGCCGCCAGAGAAGAGGGCCGCCUUCCACCCCAGCGUGGACGGCGCCGUGCCCAAGCUGGACAAGGAGGGCAAGGUGGUCAAGAAACACAAGACGAAACACAGACACAAAAACAAGGAGAAGGGGCAGUGCCCCGGCAGCCAGGAGCUGAAGCUGAAGAGCUUCGCCUACGAGUACGAGGACCCCAGGCCCAAGGCCGACAAGGCCGCCCUCCUGGACGGCGACGUCUCCACGGAGGGCAGGCUGCGGGUGCUGAAGCACGACCGAGACCACCUCAAGCGGGAGGAGAGGCUGGGCAGGACGAAGCCCGAGGACAAGGAGUGGCUCUUCAGAGACGAGAAACCCCUCAAGAGGACCAAGGACCUGGGCAGGGACGGCGGCAGGGCCUUCCGGGAGGAGAAGGACCGGGCCAGCAGGGCCGAGCGGGAGAGGUUGGGCAAGGAGAAGUCCCCCAAGGAGGAGAGGCUGCGGUCCUACAAGGAGGAGAGGAAGAAGAAGGCUCGGGACCGGCCCGCCAAACCAGAGAAGAAGAGUGAUGCCAAGGAGGACCGGAUGGCCAAGGAGAAGGCCCUGAAGGAGGACCGGGAGCGGCUGCGGAGGGAGAAGGCCUACCGGGAGGACGCCACCUUCGAGGACUGCUGCCACAGGGGCCACUUCCUGGAGAGCGAGGACACCAAGCUCAGCCUGUCCGACGACCAGCAGGACAGGUGGUUUUCUGACCUCUCCGACUCCUCCUUCGACUUCAAAGGGGAGGACAGCUGGGACUCCCCAGUGACGGACUACAGGGACAUCAAGAGCGACUCUGUGGCCAAACUCAUCUUGGAAACGGUGAAGGAGGACAGCAAGGAGAAGAAGCGGGACAAGGCCCGGGAAAAGCGAGACCUCCGAGACUCUUUCUUCCGGAAGAAGGAGCGGGACUAUCUGGACAAGAACUCGGAGAAGAGGAGAGACCCGACGGAGAAGCACAAGGGCCUGCCCGGCCAUCUUCCCGACAGGGACAAGAGGAGGAGAGAGUCCUGCGAGGGCACGCGGGAGCGCAAGGACCCGCACCGGGAGGAGCUGAAGGAGUGCGCCUGCGAGGCCGCCUUCAAGGACAAGCCCGACUGCGACCUGGCCAAGGGCCUGGAGCCCUGGGAGCGCCACCACGCUGCCCGCGAGAAGGAGCGGAAGGAGAAGGCGCGCUCCGAGAGGCACAAGGACAAGCCCCAGGACAGGGACCGUGGUGAGAAGGGUCCCAAGGACAGAGACUUGGACAGGUGCCUCAAGGAGAGGAAGGACGGCAAGGAGAAGCACAAGGACGUGCAUGGCAGAGACAGAGACAGGAGGGCCGGCCUGGACCUCGCCCGGGAGAGGAAGGACAAGGCCUUCCCCACAGCCCCCGAGGACGCCGCCGAAAAGAGAGACGAGAAGAAGGGGAAGGAGAAGAGCUGGUACAUCGCAGACAUCUUCACGGACGAGAGCGAGGACGAGAAGGAGCAGUACCUGGCCCCCGGGCUCCGAGCAGGGGAGGCCUGCGAGGCCCCCAGGGCGGACGGCCUCCAGGAGCGGGAGGACGGGAGGGAGCCGCCCCCCGCAGACAGGCACAGGAAGUGCCCCUCGGACAGGCCACACGAGAAGCCCCGGGACAAAGAGCCCAAAGAGAAGAGGAAGGACAGGGGCGCCACCGAGGCGGGCAGAGACAAGAAGGAGAAGGCCCUGGAGAAGCAGCACCGGGAGAAGAGAGACAAGGACCGCAAGGACCGCGCCCUGGCCGAGGCUGCCCAGGAGAGGCGCAGCAGGCAGAGGCCGCCUGAGAAGGUGGAGAGGAAGCACCCCGUGGACGACAGGGCCAAGGGCAAGCACAAGGAGAAGCCGGACAAGGAGCGGAGGGCCUCCCGGGGCGCCGAGGCGGAGCGCAGCCUGCUGGAGCGGCUGGAGGAGGAGGCGCUGCAGGAGGGCCGGGAGGAGGCGCACGACAAGGCCAGCGAGGUCUCCUCGGACAGCUUCACCGACCGCGGCCCCGAGCCCGGCCUGAGCGCCCUCCUGGAGGUGUCCUUCUCCGAGCCGCCCGAGGACAAGGCCCGCGAGGGCCCCUGCCUGGCCGAGAGGCUGAGGGAGAAGGAGCGGCACCGGCACUCCUCCUCCUCCUCCAAGAAGAGCCAUGAGCGCGAGCGGGCCAAGAAGGAGAAGGCCGAGAGGAAGGAGAAGGCCGAGGACCACAGGGACGGGGGCCGGAGGGAGCCCGGCCAGUACGAGAAGGACUUCCUGGAGGCCGAGGCCUGCGGCAUCACCUUCGCCGUGAAGGCCGAGGGCGAGGAGGAGCUGGACAAGGCCUCCGAGGGCUUUGCUGAGAAGAGGGAGAGGAGCGAGCCCGAGAGGGAGCCUCCCAAGAAGGUGGAGAAGGAGCUGAAGCCUUUCGGGUCCAGUGCCGCCAGCGCCCUGAAGGAGAAGAGGAGGAGGGAGAAGCAUCGGGACCGGUGGCGGGACGAGAAGGACAAGCACAGGGACAGGCACCACAAGGAGGAGCUGCGGCCCGCCACCAGGGACAAGGAGAAGGGCCGGGAGGAGGCCCCAAAGCCGGGUGAGACCAAGGCCAAGGAGAGGCCCCGAGACGGCACAGAGAGGGAGAGGGGCGACCCCACCAAGGUCAGCAACGGCAUGGACAAGCUCCCGCCGCCCAGAGACCCCGGCAAGAAGGACGCCCGACCCCGGGAGAAGCUGCUGGGGGACGGCGACCUGAUGAUGACCAGCUUCGAGCGGAUGCUGUCCCAGAAGGACCUGGAGAUCGAGGAGCGGCACAAGCGGCACAAGGAGCGCAUGAGGCAGAUGGAGAAGCUGCGGCACAGGUCGGGAGACCCCAAGCUCAGGGAGAAGGCGAAGCCCGCCGACGACGGGCGCAGGAAGGGCCUGGACGCCGUGCCCAAAAAGACCCUGGGGCCGGACCCUCCCUUCAAAGAGAAGAAGCUCAAGGAGUCUGCUCCCACGCCUCCCGUCCCCGAGAGCAAGCCCCCGCCAGGGCCAGGCGCCGAGGCCAAAGACUGGUCCAGCGGGCCGCCCCUGAAGGAGGCCCUGCCCGCCUCGCCCCGGCCGGAGCAGAGCCGACCCGCGGGGGUGCCCACGCCCACCUCGCUGGUGUCAGGCCCCAGCUACGAGGAGCUGCACACGCCCCGGACCCCGUCCUGCAGCGCCGACGACUACUCCGACCUGGUGUUCGACUGCACGGACGCCCCGCACCCGCUGCCCGCCGCCUCCACCGCCAGCGCCUGCUCCCCGCCCUUCUUCGACAGGUUCUCUGUGGCCCCGAGCGGGGCUCCCGAGCUCCCGGGCCAGACGCCCACCAGGCCUGUCUCCACGAGCCUGUACCGCUCCAUCUCCGUGGACGUCAGGCGGACCCCCGAGGAGGAGUUCAGCGUGGGGGACAAGCUGUUCAGACAGCAGAGCGUGCCUGCCGCCGCCAGCUUCGACUCUCCCGGCCAGCACUUGCUGGAGGACAAGGCUCCCCUGCCGCCCGUCCCAGCAGACAAGUUCACCUGCCUGUCCCCCGGCUACUACUCCCCUGACUACGGCCUCCCCUCGCCCAAGGCCGCCGCGGUCAGCAGCGCGCCCUCCCCGGAGGCCAUGUUCUCUGGCCUACCAGCCAAGCCCUCCCCUGCCCCCAGAGGCGAGCUCUUGGCCCCCGCCAUUGAGGGGGCCCUGCCCCCGGACUUGGGCCUUCCUCUGGAUGCCACGGAGGACCAGCAGGCCACGGCGGCCAUCAUCCCCCCAGAGCCCAGCUACCUGGAGCCCUUGGAUGAGGGCCCCUUCAGCACCGUCAUCACCCAGGAGCCGGUCGAGUGGGCCCCGCCUGCCACCGAGCAGGCCCUUUCCUCUGCCCUGAUCGCCGGUGCCUCUGAAAACCCGGUCAGCUGGCCGGUGGGCUCUGACCUUCUGUUGAAGUCUCCACAGAGGUUCCCGGAGUCCCCCAAACACUUCUGCCCUGCAGAGACCCUGCACGCCACUGUCCCGGGACCCUUUGGCGCCGCGGAGCCCCCCUACCCCGUCUCCCCAGGCUCCUACCCCUUGCCAGCUGCCGAGCCGGGCCUGGAGGAGGUCAGAGACGACGGGGCGGGAGCCAUCUCUGUGGCCAUUUCCACCACGGAAGGAGCUACUGCUUACGCCACCCCUGCCCGGCUGGACUCUUUCUUCAGCAGCUGCAAGCCACUUCCCAACGCACCCCUUGAUGUGGCCCCUGAGCCCACCUGUGUUGCCACGGUGACCCAGGUGGAAGCUCUGGGGCCCCUGGAGAGCAGCUUCCUGGAUGGUGGCCACAGCCUGUCUGCCCUUGGCCAGGGUGAGCCAGUGCCCUGGCACGAGGCCUUCACCAGCCCCGAGGACGACCUGGACCUGGGGCCCUUCUCGCUGCCCGAGCUCCCUCUCCAGCCCAAAGACGCCUCGGAUGUCGAGACGGAACCCGUGGAAGGGAGUCCCGUCCCACCAGAGGAGAGCACCCCCGGGACGGAGGGACAGCCUGUGCUGCCUCCUGACCAGGCCUCUCCCUGCCUCCCCACUGAGCCUGAGCCCUCAGAGGAGCCAAAGCUGGACGUGGUUCUGGAAGCCACGGUGGAAGCAGAGACUGUGGCAGACGAGAGGGCCCCUGAGGACUCGGACUCCAGCUCAGCACCGGCCCCAGGCCUCCCCGAACAGUGUCCCCUGGGGGGUGGAGCUGAGGAGGCCAAGACUGAAGAUCCCUCCACCACUCCCCACCACGUACUCGAUGGCCCUGCCACGGAUGGUGCGGCACAGACACCUGACAGUGCUGAAGUCACCCCUGCUGCCACCCCCGUGGAAGGGCCCCCAGGCAGCGUCCAGCCAGAUGCUACGGAUCCAGAGCCCAAGCCCACAGCCGAGGCCCCGAAGGCCCCCAAGGUGGAGGAGGUCCCUCAGCGCAUGACCAGGAACCGGGCCCAGAUGCUGGCCAGCCAGAGCAAGCAGAGCACGCCUCCCACGGAGAAGGAGCCCGCCCCCACGCCCACCCCGGCCUCCAGGGCCAAGGGCCGCGCCUCCGAGGAGGAGGAUGCCCAGGCCCAGCACCCCCGCAAGCGCCGCUUCCAGCGCUCUAGCCAACAGCUGCAGCAGCAGCUGAACACAAGCACGCAGCAGACGCGGGAGGUCAUCCAGCAGACACUGGCCGCCAUCGUGGACGCCAUCAAGCUGGAUGACAUCGAGCCCUACCACAGCGACAGGUCCAACCCCUACUUCGAGUACCUUCAGAUCCGAAAGAAGAUCGAGGAGAAGCGCAAGAUCCUCUGCUACAUCACGCCCCAGGCACCCCAGUGCUACGCCGAGUACGUCACCUACACUGGGUCCUACCUCCUGGACGGCAAGCCGCUCAGCAAGCUGCACAUCCCCGUGAUCGCACCCCCCCCCUCCCUGGCAGAGCCCCUGAAGGAGCUGUUCAAACAGCAGGAGACCGUGCGGGGAAAGCUGCGUCUGCAGCACAGCAUCGAGCGGGAGAAGCUGAUCGUGUCCUGCGAGCAGGAGAUCCUGCGGGUUCACUGCCGGGCGGCCAGGACCAUCGCCAACCAGGCAGUGCCCUUCAGUGCCUGCACGAUGCUGCUGGACUCCGAGGUCUACAACAUGCCUCUGGAAAGCCAGGGCGAUGAGAACAAGUCCGUGCGAGAUCGCUUCAACGCCCGCCAGUUCAUCUCCUGGCUGCAGGACGUGGACGACAAGUAUGACCGCAUGAAGACUUGCCUCCUGAUGCGGCAGCAGCACGAGGCUGCGGCCCUCAACGCCGUGCAGAGGAUGGAGUGGCAGCUGAAGGCGCAGGAGCUGGACCCCGCCGGGCACAAGUCGCUGUGCGUGAACGAGGUGCCCUCCUUCUACGUGCCCAUGGUCGAUGUCAACGAUGACUUUGUGCUGCUGCCAGCGUGACACCUCAGGAAGGUCGCAGGACACCAGCGAGGGCUGUCGUCACCAGUGCUGCCAACACUCCUGCGGCGCAGGAGGGCACCGUGCCGGCUGUGUGGGAGGAGCCCAGAGACUGCACCUGGCCACACGCCUCCCCUGCAGACCGGCCAGGAGGCCAGGAGGCCAGGAGGCCAGGGUCUUUACCAGCAGUGGCAGGGAGCACGGGCCCCCAUGCUCAGCGCCUCACUGGCCCAGCAGGAGGAGGAGACCGCGGCCCGUCCAGAGGGGCACCUGGGUCCCUCCCGGCCAGCCGCAGGCACCUGGGGAGCAGGAGAGUGCACUUUUGAAGUCCUCACUCCCUUCUGAUCAACUAAAGGAUCGACUGAGGCAUCCACCUCGCACAACAGUGACCUCCGGUCGGGGGCAGGGGCGCCCGCCUGCCAUGGUCCUCAGGAUAGGCUGGGACACUGGGGUCGCUGGUGCCGGGCGAGGGCCACCUGUCGGCCGCAGAGGGACUCAGCCAGGACUCUCCGAUAGUGUUUUUAAUGGAGUCAAAUCCACGUGGUUUGUAUAUUUUUUCCUUUAAUCUUGGGCAUUUUGUUUCUCUUUCUGAGAACGUAACUUGAAACACUACAGAGCCAAUAAUCCUAUAGAGAGUAUCCGCGAACGCUGUACAGUUUUAUAUACAUUCACAAUGUACUUUUGCUGCCUUCUAGAUAAUUUAUUUUGCAACACAUUACUGCACAGUUGUAAAUAACUUAUGUACUGUAACAUCACUUUCAGUUAUGUGUAAAGAAAUAAAUAAAUUAAUUAAAAUGC